UAUGUCAGUCAUGGCCGGUGCCUUGCGCAGUGACGUUGUGCAGCUCAGUUGAGCGGAGAGGCCCUGGAAGCCGCGUCAUCACCGCGGUCAGGAGGAUGAGGAGGGAACGAAACCAGAGGCGCGCCAGACGGAGGAGCUUCUGGGCCGCGUGAGGAGUGUGCUCAAUAAACUCACGCCGGAGAUGUUCCACCGGGUUAUGAAGAAGCUGAGGCAGAUCUCAAUCCACUCUGAGCUUCAUCUUAGGGCCGUGGUUGAGAUGGUGACCGAGAGAGCCAUCGCAGAGCCAAAGUUCAGUAAGGUCUAUGCCGACCUGUGCUGCUGCAUGAAGGGUUUGAAAGUCCCCAUGGCAGAGAAACGAGGCACAACAUUGAAUUUCCAGAAACUUCUGCUAAACUGCUGCAAGAUGGAGUUUGAGAGGGCUGUGGAGCAGGUGGAGGAGAGGCAAAUCGAGGACCGACAAAGGCAUCUAGAGGAGGGACUUGAAAAAACUUGUGUAGAGGUCCAACAGCGGUCGCUGGGCAUCUUCAAGUUCAUCGGUGAGCUGUUCAAACUGAAGAUGGUGUCAGAGGGUAUCAUUCACGACUGCAUCGUCCGGCUCCUGAAAAAGAGCAAAUCACUGCGACUAAAGAGCACAUCGACUGGCCACUUCAACCCUCUCUGGUCCCUCUGUGUGCUGCUCUGCACCACCGGCAAGGACCUGGACUUUGAGAGGGCCAAGCCUCGUAUGGAUCAGUAUUUCAACCAGAUGAAGAAUCCUCCAACAGGAUUCAUUUCAUGCUGCAGAAUGUGGUUGAUCUGAGAGAGUCAAACUUUAUUCUCAGACACAGUGAUCCCGGUCCACAAACCAUCAAACAGAUCCGUAAGCAGGCGAUGGAAGAGAACUGCCAGGCAACACAACAAGACCAGCCUGGAACACAGGAUUCAAUCACUGUGUUGGAGGGAGAGGAUGACUGUGCAGGCCCAGUCGCCAAACCCAGUGACUCUG